CCGGAAGUGGCGUUGGCAUUUGGCAUGCGCAUAUAUCCGAGGAAGAAAAGCCCCCAGUGUCGAGCCGACAUUAAAACUGUAAACAUUAGCGACCUGGGCGGCUUUAACGUAUCGUGAGGAUGAAAAUAUAAGAUAACGUCAAGGUGUGAGUCCAAACAUUGUUCUUCAGUGCAUGGACGCAAAGCCAAUGCGCAGGGUCACCAGCGCACGCCAAGACGCCACUGGAAUGGACAUCACCAGCCGCUGUACUCUGGGGGACCCCAACAAACUGCCUGAAGGGGUCCCCCAGCCUGCACGCAUGCCCUACGUCUCAGACAAACACCCGCGGCAGACCCUGGAGGUGAUCAACUUGCUGAGGAAACACCGUGAGCUCUGUGACGUGGUGCUGGUGGUGGGGGCCAAGAAGAUUUAUGCCCAUCGUGUCAUCCUCUCUGCCUGCAGCCCCUACUUCAGGGCAAUGUUUACUGGCGAGCUGGCAGAAAGCAGGCAGACUGAGGUGGUUAUCCGUGACAUCGAUGAGAGGGCUAUGGAGCUGCUCAUUGACUUUGCCUACACCUCCCAGGUCACUGUAGAGGAGGGGAAUGUGCAGACACUGCUCCCUGCUGCCUGCCUCCUCCAGCUGGCUGAGAUCCAGGAGGCCUGCUGCGAGUUCCUCAAGAGGCAGCUAGAUCCUUCCAAUUGUUUGGGCAUCAGGGCCUUCGCUGACACGCACUCCUGUCGCGAGCUGCUCCGCAUUGCAGACAAGUUCACCCAGCACAAUUUUCAAGAGGUCAUGGAAAGCGAAGAGUUCAUGCUGCUGCCAGCAAACCAGCUGAUUGACAUCAUUUCCAGCGAUGAGCUCAACGUGCGGAGCGAGGAGCAGGUUUUCAAUGCUGUGAUGGCCUGGGUCAAAUACAGCAUCCAGGAACGCAGACCGCAGCUGCCUCAGGUCCUGCAACAUGUCCGUCUGCCGCUGCUCAGUCCCAAGUUUCUGGUGGGCACCGUGGGUUCAGAUCCCCUCAUUAAGAGUGACGAGGAGUGCAGAGACCUGGUUGAUGAAGCUAAAAAUUACCUGCUGCUGCCACAGGAGAGACCACUAAUGCAGGGACCCAGAACGCGGCCUAGGAAACCCAUCCGCUGUGGAGAGGUACUUUUUGCAGUUGGUGGCUGGUGCAGCGGAGACGCCAUUUCCAGUGUGGAGCGUUACGAUCCUCAGACCAACGAGUGGCGAAUGGUAGCAUCGAUGAGCAAGCGGAGAUGUGGAGUCGGCGUUAGUGUCCUGGAUGACUUGCUAUAUGCAGUGGGGGGUCACGAUGGCUCGUCGUAUCUCAACUCUGUGGAGAGAUAUGAUCCUAAAACAAACCAGUGGAGCAGUGACGUGGCACCGACAAGUACUUGUCGUACCAGUGUGGGCGUAGCUGUCCUCGGUGGUUAUCUGUACGCUGUAGGUGGACAGGAUGGGGUUUCCUGUCUCAACAUUGUGGAAAGAUAUGAUCCUAAGGAAAACAAAUGGACUCGUGUGGCUUCCAUGAGCACAAGACGACUGGGUGUAGCUGUGGCUGUGCUGGGGGGAUUUCUUUAUGCCGUGGGAGGGUCGGAUGGAACGUCACCAUUAAAUACAGUGGAGCGUUACAACCCUCAAGAGAACCGCUGGCACACCGUGUCCCCAAUGGGGACCAGGAGGAAGCAUCUCGGCUGUGCCGUCUACCAGGACAUGAUUUACUCUGUCGGAGGGAGGGACGACACAACAGAGCUGAGCAGUGCAGAGCGAUACAACCCCAGAACCAACCAGUGGUCUCCUGUGGUGGCCAUGACCUCUAGACGGAGCGGGGUGGGCUUGGCUGUGGUCAACGGUCAGCUGAUGGCGGUAGGAGGUUUUGAUGGGACGACGUAUCUUAAAACUAUAGAAGUCUACGACCCUGACGCCAACACAUGGAGGUUGUACGGCGGAAUGAACUAUCGCCGGCUAGGUGGAGGAGUGGGUGUCAUUAAAAUGACUCAUUGUGAAUCCCACAUAUGGUAACACCACCUCCACUACCAAACCCCCCCCACACUCACACGCUCACUUCUCAUCAUGUUGCAACAGGCGCCUCUUUUUCACAAACCCUCGUGCCUCCAAAAGAGACGCUUUUUAAGUCAUGCAAGGAUGAGAGGAAAACAUGGGGGAAGGAGGAGGGACAAACUUUUGAACUCUUGUUCAGCGCCCGACCCCCAAACUCUGGUUAUCUUCAGUCACCAUGAAGUACACUAGGAGAGGAAAUCUGCAGAGUAUCGUUAAGCUCCAUGUUAGGAGAGGGUGCUCCUUCUCCUGUGACCUCCCCAGGUUUUCAUCCUCCUGGCUUCUCUCACCUGGGACAUUUGAAUGGAACAAAACUUGAUUGACUUCGCUGCUGGUGGGAUGAUAUUUUACGUUUCUGAGAGCCUCCAUCGCCUCAACUGUCUCAACAUUUUCUCCCCCAAAUUCUGGAUCGUGACAACUUGAGAUGGAUUAUUUCCUGGAAAAAACAUUGCAAACAACAUUGCUCUCUUGUUCUGUCUCUACUUGGCUUCGGUUGAUGUCUCUGGGCCUCAUCUGUAGCAUCGAACAACAGAAUCGGUCAGGUUGUUUCACUCUGCAUUUAAACUGUCGUCAAAAGGAUUUAAUCUGUCUUCUUCACCACGGGAGAUUAUUUGCAGGAGAAGGAUCUGUAUAAUGAAGUCACAUUACUCAAACAGUUUCUCCUAUUGUUACUGAAUGGGACUGCUGCACUUUACAGGAGGCUACUGUAGCCGUUUGUUACCUUGUUUUUUUACAAAAGAAAUGUCAGUUCAGUAAGUCAGAGUGUAGUUAAAGUAUGUCAACCGGUUCAUUGGAAAGAAUUUAUACACUAUCAUCCAGUCAUGUCUAAUGGUUUAUUGUUGGCUCCAGUGCUGAGAAUCCUAAAACCCUCAGUGUACUUCAAACGAACUAGGUCGUCUCACUGUGUCGAAGCGAAAACGGCAACUGUCGUCAUAACUCCACCUGGCAGCAUCAUGCAGUUUUUUUGUGUGGCUUUACAGUCUCGACAAGGUGAUGUAAAAGUGCAAAUAAGUAUCACGUAUACAUUUUUCAUUGAAGCUGACAUGGUGUUCGCACUUGGUUCUCUGCUUUAAAGUUCAAACCCUGCCCACUUUCACACACACACGUGCUUGUCAGUCGGUCAGUUUUGGAAAAUUACAAAAGCUCUCCCCUGGAUUGUGCUACUGGAAAAUGGUGGGAGACGAUGUUGGACGAACUAACAAUCAUUUAGUUGGAAGCAAACUGAGGUUCUAGUAGUGUCACAGUGUGUGUGAUAUCAUGUUGUCAUGGUAACCUCAGAGGUGAAAAUAUGGGUUUUAGGAGCUCAAAACUGGUGAUAGUCCCAUGAGAAGAACAACACCUAUCAUCCUUUAGUCUAUAUGUGGCUCUAAUCCCAAAUUUAUUAAUUUGUGUUGACAAUAUUCAUUUUAAAAACAGAUCAAGAACAUGUAUACUAUUUAAAUAAACCUUAAAUGAUCCUUAAGUAUCCGUAAAUUUUCUGGCAAACUUAAGUUAAAAAGGAGGAAAUCAUGCAUCGGGACAGGUUUCAGCUGCGGAUCAAUCUACAUUUUAUGCUGUAGUUAGUAUUUCCAGCUGCAGUACUGUGUGAACCGGAUUGAGUU